AUGCCUCCAAGGAAGCUGAAAGGAGCUGCUAAGGCUUCGUAUAAGCGCAGGGCAUCGUCUCGUACCCCCAAACCGCCCUCCCGUCUCCUCGAAGAUGCAGCCUCACCACCACCUACAAAUACAGUCCGGAGGGAAAAAUGGCCUAAGACAGUCAUCGAACUCGAAGACGAAGACGCACCGGUUGAUACUAUCAGCAGAUUCGACGACUUCCAGGUCUUCGUUCUCGUCUCUAGGCAAAAGAACCACAGGUAUCCUCAAGCACACUGGACGGUCAAUCCAUUCAAGUCUUGGGCCGACCAAGAGCAGCUUUUGAUCGAUGUCGCCCUCGAGGAGCUCCGUCAUGAUCAUAUGGUCGUCGAAGGCGUCAACAAAUCCUCCCUGAAGCCCAAUAUCAGCUGGAAAGUCUGCCGUGGAAGGAGCCGGGAUGCACCAUGGUGCAGACUACGAACGGAGGACGACUGGGAAGGCUUCAUUGAUGCCGUCCACACUGAGCGCAACACACCCAAGGUCGAAUGGUCAGCUUUUAUCCUAAUCGAAACACACUACGACCCUACAAGGGCUGCUUCUCAAUUCGAGUUCGACCAGCAAACCCCGUUGCACCCCUCUCAGACUCAGUCCAGGGCCCGAAAGCCUCUCAUCCCUCGACCUAGGCACAGUGCUACCAACACUGCUCUCCAGGGCAUUUCGAAUGAACUUGCGAAUGAUCCUCAACGCUACAAAAGGAUCCUUGCUGUUCAGACCCUACAGGCUAAGCACAAAUGCGCCAAGCACCACCAGCAGUACUGCUAU